AAAAUCGCUAGUGUUCGUCGCUCUAAGCGGAACAGAAACACGCACGCGCGUUUCGCACGGACUGAUUUCCGUGACGGACAGCAGCAGCUGUGACGUAAUUGUGUGGAGGUCAAAUCAAACAGAUAGACAACAUGGUAAAGAAGAAGCGUCUGAGGCUUAUAGCCGAGAUGGCACGGAAGAUCCGGGCCUACCGGGAGCUGAAGAAUCGUCCCCAGGACUCUCAGCGCUAUGCCUUAGAUUAUGACACCAUGACGCGGCCCUUUACUGGCAAAAAGCUGCCAGUGUUGGCUUGGAAGGAUGUGCAGAGAGAAACCCGCCUCUUUUCGUUACUAUCUGGCAUGCGCAUGUUUGGUGUGGGUCGACUCUUCACACGCAAAUCAUGGCUGGACGAGCAUACAGAGCCAUGCUACUGGAAAAUAACAAAAGUCAAGGUGGAUUAUACAGCAGAGAACAUGGAUCAUGGGAAAGCAUGGGGUAUUCUAACAUUCAGAGGUAAAGAGGAGCCUGCAGAGCGUGAAGUGGAUAAAGUGAUGUAUCAUGACUGGCGACUGGUGCCCAAACAUGAAGAAGAGGUCUUCAAGCACUGUGAACCUGUCCCUGAGCCCCCUGUCCGUUAUGUGAAAUACCCGCCCCUGCUGCGUGCCAUGAUCCUGGCCCAGCAAGCCAAACAGCUGGGUGUGGAUGCCAGCACUAUCCCAGAGCCCUCUCUACCAUUGAAACGGGAUGUCUUGCUCAAUUAUGAGUACUUCAGGAGUCAGGAUGAGAAGAAACAAGAGGGUACACCUGUCUGAUGCUCAGGUCCACUUGAAGGUCAUGCUGUGGAGAUCUGGAGUUCUCUUGCAGUGGUCUUGAUAGGAACUUCUUCUCUUGCUCCUAAUCUGAUGGGCACUGCUUGUAGUAAAAGACUCGUUUGUGAUUAAUGCUAUGUUUUAUUAGAACAAAAUAUAGCUAAGUUUUCAUCCAUCUUCCUUGGAUCAUGUCGCUAUUUACUGAGGGGGAAAAAAAGCACAUUUGGACAGGUGACCAAUAGAAGAAUCCUCUGUGGAAAGACUCUUUGUUUUUAAUGUCUGUGUUAAUAUAUGUGUAAUAUUCUUUACAAUAUGUAAACUAAAUAUGAUUAAGUUGUAUGCAUUAUUACAGAUAUAGAAUAAAAAUGGGUCAACUGAA